UGAAUAAAAGCUCCCUCACCCUUCAGCCACUACCUUGCCACCAACCAGCAGCUCCUCGAGGUGGUUGGCAACCCCACUUUCUCUUCUCGUCAGGACCUCUGGUAGGUCCCUGCACACACCCUUCUUUUGCACCCGUCAACUUUCCCCCUUUUUCUUCACCGUUUCACGACCCAUUCACCAUGACGCCCGCUGACGUCGGCCUGGCGCUGACAACCCCCAGUCUGCUCGAUGAUGGUCUCCUUGGAUCGCAGGGCUGGUCUCCCUGCACGAGCUUUUAUGGAGACGAGGAGGGCGAGGACGAGGAGCAGCACCACGAGGUACGGGUAAAUGACUGGCCAAUGCCGCCGCUUCGACCCACUUCGGUGACCAAGCCGCUCUCGGUCAAGAAGCGCAUCGUGUCGGAAGCGUGGCCUGCGCAAGGCAUGGAUGCGCUGGGCAUCUUCAUCGAGCAGAAGAAGCUGCAGCAGUUGCCCCACCCCAGCCAUCGCCGCGUCAACUCCGAACCGUUUGCUCUUCAGCACGCGUACGUCGACGACGGCGACGAAGAGGACGAGGAGCCCGAGGAAUACCCGUUUCCGCUUAUGAAGUCGCCCCCUGCACGCAACGAGCUGAGCGAACAGGAAAAGCUGGACAGACUCAGGGCCAGCUUUUCGCUCCUGGCGCUCGAUCGCGCCGAUCCUCACCGUGGCAGCUACUACUCGCCCGAGCACGGCGCACCGAGCCUGGCCGAGCAGAUGGCGUAUGCCAGUGGGCUCGGCUCGCAGUGCGACUGGUCGUCUCCAAGCAGGACCGGGCAAGCAUCGUCGGACGGAUAUCUGAAGCACAAGACUUCCUUUAGCCAAGAGUCGAGGAAGAUGGCGAGCAGGCAUGCUGCCAUGGCCAGACGGCCUACGCAUGACUCCAUCGACGAUGUUGUCCUCCAACCUGGAAAGGGUGCAGAGGUGCACCGGAGCUGGACCGUCUACCUCAGGAAUAAGGAAGCCAAGGCGCAGAUGCAGGAGCAGGACCAGGACCAGGACCAGGAAGCUGACACGCCAUACCGACGGUGCAAUACCCCUGCACGCUCCAGGGCGGCCUCAACGAUCGUCUCUUCGAGUAGCAGCCCUAUACUGGGCGGUCUCCUCGCCGCUGGCUCCUUGGCAGCGGUCGGAAAAGCCCAAUCGUCUUCUGCCUCUUCCACCUCCUCUUCUUCGGCCGCCUCCUCUGCCUCGUCCCGCUCAUCGCACGACACCUGUGCCACAUCUGUUGAGGUUCAUCAGCAGCAGCAUCAGGGACACAGCAAGAUUGCAGGCAAGAUAAGUCCAAUCGAGGUGGAGAAGCUCUUUGAAGGCCAGCUGGACAAGCUCACGCGCCGUUCCGUCUCUUGCUCGCCCGACUUGCCCGAGCGUUUGCGACAGGACUUUGGCAGCCAAGCAUCGUCGCCUGCGACAACGACUCCGCCUCAGCUGCACUUUGACGACUUUGGCCACCUAUUCCAGGGCUACGUCGACGAUGAAGAGCCCGAGCAGGACCAGGAGGACAAGCUGUGCCAAGCCUCAGUUCCACAGACUGACUUCAGCCCAGCAAUCCCGACUCCUCACAUCUUCACGCCUGGACCCAUGGAAGCCCUGCCGUCUCCCACGGCCGAGAACUGGACCAAGAGGCCGUUGCGACAUAUCAGUGGUAAAUUUCUCGCUCCCGAGUCGCACGCUGCUCGUCCACCGCUGGCUGCAUCGAUGAAGAGCAUGCCCGACAAUCCGCGCUUUACGAUGCCAAAGUCGGCUUCGACGGCGUCGGUCCUUUCACGCCCGCGCCCCUUCUCUACGAGCACGUCUUCGAGCGCCCUCUUCGGCCCCAACGAAGACGUCGUCGUCGUCAACGUGAAGAAGCGCGGGCUCCGGAGGGCGUGCCCCACGCCACCUCUCCAGGGUCCCACGCCGCCGACACGCAAGACCUCGUUGGAACUUGCAGGUCGCUCCGAAUCGAGGCUGAGCCACAACAGCAUCGAGGUCUUCUACAACGAGAGUGCAAAGGCCCUGCCCGGCGGGGAAAAGACGAAGACAAAGCCAGCGGCCAAGGGCGUGCCCGUGUCAAAUGUCGCGCUGGGAAGGAAGCCUUUGAGCCCAAACGGAGUAGCCCAGCUCAAGGAAGCCAGCCGGAUCAAGGCUGUCCAUCUCCAACGCCGUCGUCCCGUCCCUGCAAUUGCAGUCGACGGUGGCGAAAGCGUCCCCCGUCAAGCAGCACGAGCACCGGUGGAUGCGAGAAGGCCAUCGAUCCAGUUUGCGCCCUCGCCCAUCAAGGACAAGUUCCCCACGUUUGACGAGCUGCCCGCGAGAGUGGUCGUCGAGAAGAGGAAGAUGCUGCCCUUUAAGCGCCCAAAGAAGGCGUCGCGCUCCGAGCCUUGUCUUGCGCAGCUCUCAAGCUCGAUCACCGCCUCCUCGUCGUUGAACAAUGCCUCGUCUUCGUCGGCCUCGCUUCCGACCGUGUAUGUCGCCCGCACCUCUUCGCAGCGCCGAAAGGGCCUGACCGGCUACGAGCCGACGGAGCCGCGCAACCUCGCGCUCGCCCGCCUCGGCUUUGGUGCAACGGGCCCCACGAGGAGCAGCACCGUCCAGGCCCUCGCCGAUGCUCCCCGGCCUCGGCAUGGCGAGCUUGGCGAAGAGGACGACGCCGGGCUGCUGAUGCUGCCGCCCUUUCCGACGCCAGAGGGCUUCGUCCUCGUCGUCGAGGAGACAGUCGUCACAGAGGAGCACAUCGUCGUCCCUUGCGCACCGUAGGAGUCUAUUUCCGCUGCUCUGCUGCUUCCUCAUUGAAAUUGCGAUUUCUGGAGACCCAUCGUAUUC